UCGCGGGAGGAAACGCUGCUCCUGCUUCAGUGUCGAACGCCCCCUGCGCCCAAACCUACGUUUUCUCCCGAGGUGGUCGGAUUUAGCACCAAAUGCAGUCGCAGCCGAAAAAAGGACAAGAGGACCAGUUUAUCUUCGUCGGGGGACCGUCGCUGACAGACAAGAAAGGUCCGGUUCGAUCCAAGCUUCUUCAGCAAGCACAUCGCAAAAAGAAGCUUCAGCAAAGGCACGAUGCGGCGGCCGAACUGGAAGCACUGAAGAAGGGUGAAAGGAACACUCAGUGCACCUGCUCCGAUGAGCCUUCUCCCUUGGCAGCGCAAUCCUACUCAGAACCGCGAAACACUGGAUACCAAGCGAUCAAGCCGAAGGCGCCUGAGUCCGGAAGACUAGGACAAGGCCAGCUAUGUUCUUUCUGUGGGAAACCCCAACCUCGCCACACCCAAGCUCCCGCCACGCAAGUGUGGGAUAUAGGAUCCGGCAGCUUCGACCCCAUGAUCCCAAUUGACGAUACGACCUCUCGGCUGAGAGUGCAGGAUAUCUUGAAUUUCGCAAGCACCGCAAUCUGGCCAAAUUUCCGCCCAUUAGGGUAUACAUCCAAGUGCUAUCAGUUGUGGGCAUUCCCGUUCGACGACAAGGUGAAGCUAUACGCGGUGCUCUGGUCAGCGUCAUACCACCAGGAUGUUCUCCGCCUGACCUACGGCAGCCCAGGUCAUCGAGUUGGAUCAAAGGAACAAUUCCGAUUAAAAGGGCUAGCCCUGGAAUGCCUGCGAAAAGAAGUGAGCACACAUACUGGUGCGAAGCCCAUAGACAGCAUCAUCAUGUGCAUUCUCUUCCUUGCUGUGAACGACACGCAUGGCACACGACUUUCUCGCGACCUGAGCCCUUUCAACCCCCCUUUUUGUCGUCUGCACGCUCUGCAUAUUUACGGUAGUCGGGAUUAUCACGCUCUGCAUUGGACCGUCAUACAGGACCUGCUCCGAAGAUGGGGCGGAGUCGAAGUCCUUCAAACCUUUGCACUAGCUUGGCUGCUCUCCCUAUCUGACAUCAUGAAUGCGGCACAUACCCUCCAGAAACCGAUAUAUCCGUGUCUAGGCGUUGACGGCAAAAGACUGGUCUUGGAACCCCCUCUUUUGUUGUUUGCGCCGUAUGGUUUUCACUUGGCUCAAGAUACCGCUGGAUCUGGCUUUGACGGGCUCCUCUUUAUGGAUCCCCCAGUACAGCGAAAGCUCGUUACGACAUUCUCCCACAUCGGACAGCUAUCGUGUGUGCUACAAUACUACUCGAGGGAGCCCUGUAGCGAAGAAGCUCUGGACCUCCUGGGUGAUAGUCGAAAUUAUGUGCACCACCACCUCUUCUCUACGCCCGACGAGAAUGAUACCACCGACCAAAUUCUGCAGUGUACAGACCAAUCGGCAGAAGCCAUUGAACUAUCCCGAGAACUCUACCUGACCUGCCGUCUUGCAUUGUAUUUACAUGCCACUCACGUCACGUUCCCAAUUCCGCGGUCAACCUUGGUGAGAGGGCCGCUUCUGCAAUUACUAUGCCCCAAGAUUCAAUCACUGGCGGAUCGAGGCGUUUCCGGGCCGUUAUUGCUGUGGUGCGUCAGCGUUGCGCUGAUCACGUCAGACACAGCCUCUUCUGGACAGAUGCUGGCCCUGUUCAAGAAGCUCUGCCGCGACCUGAAUGUAGACGGCUUGGAUGAUUUGUUGGUGCUGCUUCGAACGUUUGCAUGGAUGGACACAGCGGUGGAGCACCACUACGAGAGGAUAAGGAUGUGCAAAGCCACAAAAUUGUGGUGACGAGAUACACAUGAUAUCCGUGGACACGGAAUGCAUGUAGCCGGCUUGCGCGGAGGCAUGGCCCCUUGGGUAACCAUCGUCAACGUAAAGGUCAUGUGCGCCAUCAAGGAACCUAAUUGCCGUGCCGGUACUGGGGGAGGACUCACCCAAGCAAUCAGUGACAUAACAUCAGAGCAUAAA